GUCACAUUGUUUAUAACAACUUUAGUAUCUUUACUGUUGUGGCUGCCAUGCAAUAUUUAUAUUCUUGUUGCCUGGUCAACUGAUAUUUUGAAUUCCCUUUCUUUCAAAGAACUUUUUGAUUUGGAGUAUUCUUUGAGGUUUUUGUUUUAUGCAAACUCCCUUGUAAAUCCCAUUUUAUACACAAUCAGGAUGCCAGACUUUAAAAAAGCUCUGCUCUCAUUGUUCAGACGUCAUCAAAGAGAAAAUGUUGCUAUCCCGCUAAAUCAUUACUAA